GUCUGCGCGGUUGUGUGGCAUAGGGUUCAUAUAUGCAUCGACGACGAAGAAAUAAGGAAGUUAGUGGUGGCGCUGCGAGCAGCCGUCCCGAUCAGACGCAAGUUCGCAUCGGUCCGACGUUUUUGAAGCUUCGGGCCCGGAAGUGUUUGGGCUAGGCUCCCAAAGAUGGAUGGGCCGCCACAUUCAUGUUUCUCGACAUCCCAGUAUAACGUUUCGAACGUUUCCACGUCAAGUACUGGUCCAGAAAACCAGUUGAAAUCAUCGGACACGCCCGCCGCCGGUGCCAACAUGGCUUCGGAGCAGCUGCAGCAAGACGCGACGGCAGCAUCGCUUCAGAGCGGCGGCACAGAUAACGCGACGGAAUCUUACGAACUGCUUGACGCCGACGCAAGCAUGACGGAUGCGGAUGACGAAUCCAGCCAAGUGGUUGCGACGAUACCUGUCUCCAAUUUCUUUUCUGGAAAGAGUUGUUCUCAGUGCUCCGGAGGCUUCCGCUACCAUGGCCACGCAUUGAGAGAGACCGAGAAACAUCGCCAGCAAAGCAGACGGGACCUCCCUCAAGAUGCUCGUGUCAGAAAAAUGGAGCAUGCAAAAAAAGGUACCUCUCCGAUAAGCCUAUGUGAUGACCACGGCCCGAAUGUCACCUACACCUUUCAAAGCACGCCACAAAAAAAGGAGCGUCCCAACGACUUAAGGCGGUCUGGGGCCAGAAUUUCCGACCUGUCUCGCUUUAAUGCGGGUUCAUCCACAAAGACGACCGCUGCUGUGAGGAGCUCCGUGAACGAGUUGCGCUCUGCCCAUCCGGUGUCGACAGUGCUAAGGAACCUCGCCGCGGCUUUGUUUCCAGGGCGGUGGAACGCACUUGAUCGUACACCAAGGAAUGCAGACGCCGCUCGUGCUUUUGACGACACGCGAACUCUAAGCACAGAACAAGAGCAAGCAAGGACGUACUCUUGCACUGUGCUGCUGUGUGGAAAAAACGAGGAGAUAACUUUCAAGAAUAAAACGACGCCGUGCUCUAACGACCAGCGCGAAUCAGUGGACCAAGUUUGUGCACUAGAAUCCAAAAGUGAAGUUGAAGCCACUCAAUGUAAUUUACGAGACUUGGAAGUUGUUUCUCCGCCUGUCAAACAGCUAGCCGUGACCCGUGAUGCCCCCGAGUGUUCAGGCCAUACAGAAGAGUGGGAACCUCGUUGCAGUGCCGAGGCAUUUGCAUACGCUGAACACUUGAAGGCAGUGACUGUAGGUGCGCCCGAGUUUCCUGCUUUGACACUGACCAGUGCCACGUCUGCGGUUUCGUUCGCCCCGUGGUGUCAUUCAGUCAAAUUUGGCGAGCCGCUUCAAAGCGCCCCGCCAAACGUUGCAGCCAGUGGUGGCAAACUCACACCUGACAAAUAUUUCGAUACGGCAGUUCCUGGAUUGCAGAAAUCAUCGAACCUCAUUUCGCUCGUGACGUACAGCGCACAGGCAGAUUCUAGCACGGACUCACCCACACAAAAAGUUGCGAACACGAACACGCAAACCAGUGAAGCACGAAUCACAUGCACUAGAACUGCACAGACACAGAACGCCGACACGCGUUGGACUGAGAUCUGUGCGCCGCCACUUGAUCAAAAUACCAACCCGAGUCCGUCCCUGGCCACUUCGACUUCUUUGAGCGACGUCGUCCGUAGCACGCCUGCUCGCUCAAGUUUUAGGCAAAUGCCGGCACAUUUCUUGCCACUGGACCUUUUAUCGCUACGCAGUCUAGGCCACAUUUCCGCACAAUCCGCGACAGACAUUGUUCCGAAAGAAACCAGCAAGAACGUCCUUCAAGAAGUGACAUUACCCGAUAGCACUAGUGCUCGAGAGCCGCAUAUUCUUACGAAAAGCGUUUCCCUGUCAAGCCGCAGGUGCACUUUAAAUUCAGGUUUCAAGAAAAACUCGCCCAACUGUGAAAAUCCAAUUGGCUUAGGCUCAGAAAUGAAAACGUCGAGUUGUCCCACUUUUAAGAAGCGCACAUGGGAGAAGCCGCGUGUAGCGCCUUGCGGGAGCAAACCUGUGCUCUUUCCUUGGGGUCAACUAGAUGCCCAUGAAAACACAGGGAUGUGUCUGCUACAUUCUACUGUCUUGGGGAGAUUGUUUAGAAAGGAAAAGGGGCUUUCAACGCCAAUCAUCCCCGCAAUGACAGUCUCUGUCAGCGGCACUGCGAACAAGGGCCGGAAGGCUGAAUUCGCUGAGAAGCCCACUACAACUACCUCCAACAAGGACAUUUUACAGGAACCGCAAAUGCAUCUUCCAAGCUUUGUUGUCACGAAAGAUUUACUAGAAACAACAGAAGCAACUGAACAGAAACAACCGCGUAGAAUGGACACUACAAAAAAUUCAGCAGACAUUGCCACAAUGAUCAUUUCGGAAGGCAACGUCGGGAGGAAAAGUGAAAAGCCGAAAGACUUGCCCGCUGCUACCUCCAUCGGGGACACCUUAAGGGAAGAGGAAGUGCGUCAGCGCGGAGCUGUUGUGGGGGAUUCAGAUGAAACGAAAGCUCCUAAUCAGCUUCUUAUCACAGGCGAGGUAGGUGUCCGCAGUACCAUGCGGCCGCCACGUUUCGGCAUGUCGUCGCAGCGCUUUAUUGCAACUUCUUUGAGCCACAGAAGCCAAUUGACGAAAGGAAACUCGCAAACUACAGAGGGCGAGCUGCCUGGGAGAAAUCUCGACAUGCAACCUCUACCGAUUGUCCACGUCAUUGCUCUUGCAAAUACUGGUCGUGCGGACUCACACCAAACCCACCAGGAACUGACAGUCAAAGGUGGUCGCAGUGAGCUUCCGGAGGUGGGAGAAGCCCUUAAGAUUUCCACCGACUCUGCAAAAGAUGAUAAAAGUUCGGGCAAAUUAAGAAGCGAUGACUCUUUCGUGGUUCAGGUGUUCCCGCACAAAUUUGUCUCUUGUUCCUUCGACUGGGUCGACGAAGCUUGUGCUUCUAACCCACCGGUGCGAAGCUUCAGCGAAAAUGUAGUUAAGAAGCGAGACAUAGUCGGGCAAGAAGCGAUGAUCAAGCGAGUUCAUCACUGCAAAAAUCCGAAACACAAUCCCAGAAAGAAAUUCCGCCCAGGCAAUUAUUGCUUGACAUGCAAAAAUCCUAGACACCGUCACGGUCUUCCCGAAGCGACUACGAUGGUCCUCCAACCCGAAAUCGAAAAGUACAUUUUUUCUCGCCGCGACACGCAUGUACACCGUCACAAAAAAGAGAACGAUAGCAACCUGAGUGGAAAACUUCUUGAGCCAGAAGAGAAAGAAAUUGCGAAGAAUGAAACGCGCGUGCCUGUUACGUCGGUGAAAAGAGAGCAAACUAAGCCAGUUGUUGAACCACCCGUUUGCUGCUGCCUGUCAAUGGCUGCGUGCGCCACGAUCGUCGCCCUUGCCCUCGUCUACCUGUAUUUCGUCCACUUUCAGGCGCCACUGGAGCCGGGCACCACUCUACUGCCUCCAGCGAAUGCUUACUACUGCUCGACAGAGUUCUGCAACCGAGAAGCUGAAAGGCUCAAGUCUGUCUUGAGCAGCACGACGGGGCCUUGCGACGAUUUCUACCAGCACGUGUGCGACAAGUGGGUUCGUAGUCAGCGCUUGGAGAGCCCUGGAACUGGCACCGCAGUUUCUAGUGACACAAUCAUCCAAGACCGGCUCAUCGAUAGCCUGGCAGCCGAUCUGGUAUCGAGUAAACAGGCCACUGUAGCCCUCGAGCUAUACAACUCGUGCACAGACCGCACUCAAUCCGGCAGGGCGUUUGCAGCCAUGGAUGACCUGUUUCGGCAGUGGACGAUCGGCCGCUGGCCAUUAGACGCGUUAGCUUCUGCCAGAGACGUGUGGUAUUUUGCUGGUGAGCUUCUCAAAGACGUCGGGCUGAAUGCGCUAGUAGACGUACACGUAGCCGUCGACUCGGAAGACCCGACCAAGGUGGCUAUAGGGUUAAAAAAGCCGUCUUUUCUCUUUUCAUGCAACGAUGCUGCCCGGCCUGGUGUCAUUAACAUGCUUCAAGACGCGCUCGUGGAAACCAUGGCAGCUGUCGCGCGUUCAGCCAACCAGCAGCUCGUCGACGAAGUCAUGCAAGUCAUCACUCGCCUUAGCGCCAGUCCCCUUGAGCCGCCCGUUUCGGAGACCGGUAUGCGUGGUUUCAACGUGGUUAGGCUGUCGGACAUGGACCCUGGCGUCGUCGAUCUUCUGAGAGCUACGUUUGGCAAUGACUCCUCGCUCGGCAAGGAAACGAAGGUAGUGCUCAAGUCGGCAGAUUUUCUUCAGGGACACCUAGUCGCAGCACUUCGAGAAUUGCCGCCGCGAGCUGUGAUGAACUAUUUGGGCUUUCUGGUUUUCAUCAACCUCGCGCCAUUCUUCCUCGACAGGCACCGACUCCUCCGCCAGCUCUUCAGCAAGAGCGUCCUCGGUAGGACUCUUCCCGACGUGUCGAACACGGGUCAGCUGUGCCUGGUGGCCGUGGAACGUGUGCUGCCUGGAUGCUUCGCGAAGGUAUCGAGCCAAUAUUUCCAGGCCUCGGGUGGCAUCGUCGCCAACAAGCUCUCGCAGUUGGUGACCAGCUUUGGGCGCAGCGUCGAGUAUCUUGCCUGGAUGGACGACAUGGCUGUCGUCUUGUCCCGCUACCUCCUCAAAGAAUUCGCGACGACGCCGAGCAGCAACGACAGCGCCUUCUGUCCCUCGUCUUUCACCUCGUACGCGGGCGACAGCUCGGUGAAGUUCUUCGUGGCCGUGUCGCGAGAACGCCAGCGAAGAAUGCUCAGGCUGCUGACGAAAAGCGACAGCGGUGACAUGGCGCCAGUGUGGCGCUCACAGCUUCUGACUACAGCGACUUACGACGCCCCCAGAAGGCGGCUGCAUAUCCCCGCGGCGCUGUUCAACGUGUCCGUGCCUGCUAACACGAGUCACUUCUCGCUUCACUUCGCGCGCUUUGCCGUGCGCUUCUAUCGAGCCGUCGUGGAGGCGCUGCUGUUCAGGGACGCCGUCCAGCCGUCGCUGCGCUACAGCGAUGACCUGCUGCGGCGCUUCGAGGACCUGCUCGGCUGCUUCGAGUGGGAGCUACGGCAGCUUCCUGCUGGCCUCAGCCACUCGGCCGUUGCCCCGCACUCGGUGACGGCACGUGGUGCUUUCCUGCAGCAGACAGUGGCAGUGCAGCUGGCCUUCAGAGCUUUCCAGGAACUUUUGCAGAUCCGGCGUACAUGGAACAUGGACUUCCGGUUCGCCCAGCUUCCUGAGCUGAGCGUCGACCAGCUCUUCUUCGUGUACUACGCCCUGGACAACUGCGAGGCGGCAGACAAGGUUUACCAGGAGCACCGCGGUCACUGGCUGCCGGCGCACUACCGGGUCAACGUACCACUGCGCAACGUCGUCGAGUUCGCGGAGCUUUUCAGGUGUCCGGCCGACGCGGACAUGGUGCGCGUCAGUUUCGUGCCUCGCUGUGCCGUCGUCGCCGUCGACCGGUGGGACCACGGUCGACCGGUUUGAGUGCUUCCUUUGCAUCGACGGUGUUUACUCAGCUCUGCGAUUGUUGAUACAUUUUUGUUGUCGAUACGUGCGUGAUUUUCAUGUCGCGGCUUUCAUAUAUAUCAGUACAUCUUCGGUUGCAGCCAAACCACUAAAUUGUGCGAAUAGGAAAGUAAUCAUUUUUUGCAUGUUUUAGACUGGAAUACAUUAAAAGCAUUGAUUAUUUACAGAA